AUGUUAAAGCGUUUCUUCAAUUCUAAAGCUCAAUCUGAGCACCGGCCCGUGUGUCCAUUGUGGCUUUUGAUGGCGAGGAUCCAGCUGGUCCGUGUCAAAGUGAGCUGGACGGUACUUCUGGCUCUGGCCCACCUCACGUACCUGCUAUUCGGAGCCAUCGUUUUCCAAAUUCUGGAGCGAGAGGCUGAGAGCAACAACCGAAACCACUUCCAACUGGAGAAAUUGAAUUUCUUGGCCAAUUACACCUGCCUGGAUGGACAGGCCUUGGAGAAGUUUGUUCAGGUGAUUUUAGAUGCGUGGGAACGGGGCGUGAAUCCGUCGGGCAACUCGACGAACCCCAGUAACUGGGAUUUCAGCAGCGCCUUCUUUUUUGCCGGCACUGUGGUCACAACAAUAGGUUACGGGAACCUGUCUCCCAGCACCGUGUCCGGUCAGGUGUUCUGUGUCUUUUACGCUCUGUGCGGCAUCCCGCUCAACCUGGCCUUCCUCAAACAGUUGGGCAAGUGUCUCACCAUUCGCCUGGGUCGUCUGGAGAGAGGCGUGGUCUCGGUGGUUCCACACAAGCAAACAGUCGAGGCGUUGGCGGCCAGCUCCUUUUUCAUCACCGGUAGUCUGCUCUUUCUGGUCAUCCCCCCGCUUCUGUUCAGCUACGUGGAAGGCUGGACGUUCGGCGAGGGCUUCUACUUUGCUUUCAUCACCCUCAGCACCAUUGGGUUCGGAGAUUACGUGGGACCGACCCAGACAAGGAGUACAUCUCUCUGUACCGUAGCCUGGCAGGUAUAUGGAUCGUCUUUGCCUUGGCCUGGCUUGCUCUUCUCCUCGGCAUGGGAUCGAGAAUAAUGGCGCAUGUGAUGGGCUUGAAGAAGCAAGUGGAGGACGGGGGUGUGUCGUCCGGUAAACUGGAAGACACCUCAAAGAUCUGACGCGUGAGCUGGCUUGGAAAAUUGACAUCCAAGUUUGAUGCCAUUUCCUUUGAUCCCUGUAGACUUUUUGCGAUGCACGCAUGCACGACUGUAUAUCACAAAGCAUCGUUGCCCUCUUCGCUCAUCCAUAUUCUCGCCUCCAUGCAUCCCAUUUCCACGCGAAAAACACUCCAGUUUGACAAGUCUACCUCACCACACACUGUAGAAACUUUCAAGAAGAAAGAAACGUUGACAUUGCCAUGUAUUUGGUUGCAAUUAUUCUGAUAGACUGAGAUUGUUUUUGUACUUUUUGGUUUUUUUUUUUUUUUUUUUUAUUGUAAUACAUGAAUGACUCAGCAGAUCUGAAAUGUUUCAUUCUUGUGCAUCGAAUGUGCACACUGGACACUUUAUUAGCCUCCACAAUCUAAUGAUAUACCUACCACACGAGAGCUGGAUCGAAACAAAAAGAAAGCGAUAAUAAAAGUCAGUCUGUUUAACAAUAAUGCAAAUUGUACUUUCAGCUGGCAGUGGCGUGGAAGUGUACCGCAUCCUCCCGAGAAUUGGGUGAUACGCACGCAAUAAUAAACAUGGAUGGAUUAGUAUCUUUGUAAAGGCAUCUUUUAAAAUAUCUACUUUCGAUCUCCGUAACC